AUGAGAAAUUUCUGUCAUAAACUACGAUUCAACUUUAAUUAUUUUUGUAUCAGGACAAGACAGAAGUAUUAUAGUUUAGAUAAAAAUCCUAGAGUCAUUAAAUCAAGAAUUUCAAAUCAUCCAUUUAUAUCAUUACGAACAUAUCAAUAUUAUAAUCAAUUUACUGAUUUCAAAUUAUUCUUAUCAAUAAAUGGUUAUUAUGAUGAAGAAGAAUUUAAAAAUGAUUCAUUAGAUUUAGCUAGUUCAAAAUUAUAUGAUUAUAUGAAAUCAAUGAGUUUCUCAACAUUACCUACAACUUCAAAUGUUGCUGUUGUUGCUGCUAUUGAUGAAUUACUAGCUGAUGAAACUAUUGGAAAAUAG